GCUCAGCAGAGUGCCACCAGCCACCAGCCAGAGGGAGAGGCCUCCUGGGAACUUGGCCAUGAGCUGGGUCAGCCCCACCCUCCUGCUGCCCCUGCUGCUGGGGGCCCAGGCCUACCUAGGGCUCCAGGAGGUGAAAUUAAAGAAAGAUAAGAUGGGAGCCCUGGACCCAGACCCCAAGAUGAUUGAGAAGGUCUGUGGGCAGCCCGAGGACUCAGGACGAAUCACCGGAGGCGAGGACAGCUCCAUAACCAGAUGGCCUUGGCAGGCUAGCCUACACUAUAAGAACCACCAUAUUUGUGGGGGAAGCCUCAUCCACUCAGAUUGGGUGAUGACAGCUGCUCAUUGCCUCCAAAAUAAAAGAAAGAUCAGACAUUGGAAGAUUUUUCUAGGCUCAUCUGUUCUGCUACCAAGGCUAUUCCCCUUCUUUCGUCCCAAACGUUAUUCUGUGAAAAAAAUCAUCAUUCAUCCCUACUUUUAUGGCACACCACCCAAGGACAUCGCGUUAGCAAAGCUGAGAUCACCAGUUCGUUUCAAGGAGACCAUCCAGCCCAUCUGCAUCCCACCCUCCAGGACCUUCUUUGAGAAUGUGACCAUGUGCUGGGUCACAGGCUGGGGAAAAACGAAAGAAGGCACAACACAAAGAAAAUCCUGGUACCUACAAGCAGUGGAAUUGCCUCUCAUUGAUCAGAAGACCUGUGACCUAUACUAUCAUAUAGGAACAAACCUUUCUCCUUCCAUAUCCAGGAUAUAUGAUGACAUGACAUGUGCUGGCUUUGUACAGGGCAAGAAGGAUGCCUGUCAGGGUGACUCUGGAGGCCCCUUGACAUGUAAGGUCAAAGGUAUUUGGCAUCAAGCAGGUAUUGUCAGCUGGGGAGAUGGCUGUGGUCGACCCUACAGGCCUAGUGUCUUCACCAAUGUCAGUGUGCACACUGACUGGAUCUUAAGCAUAAUUAACUCAAGCACCUUUAGCUUAAUGCCCUCUAAGCUUCUCUUCCUCCUCACUCUCCAACUUCCCAUACAUUAUUCUGUGGAAAAAUUCAUCGUUCAUCCCCACUUUUACGGUACGCCACCCAAGGACAUUGCAUUGGCAAAGCUGAGAUCACCAGUUCGUUUCAAGGAGACCAUCCAGCCCAUCUGCAUCCCACCCUCCAGGACCUUCUUUGAGAAUGAGGCGCAAGUGCCCCUCAUUGACCAAAAGACCUGUAACAACUACUUCCACAAGGCACAGCCUAAUAUUAAAUUUCCUAUGAUAUUUGAUGACAUGACAUGUGCUGGGUUCUCAGAUGGCAAGAAGGAUACCUGCCAGGGUGAUUCCGGGGGACCUUUGGUAUGUAAAGUCAACGAGAUCUGGUACCAGGCAGGGAUUGCGAGCUGGGGAAUAGGUUGUGGCCGCAACAACCUUCCUGGUGUCUAUACCAAUGUCAGUAUCUACACCAGCUGGAUCCAACAAGUAAUUCAGUCCAAAAAUUCCACUCAGCUUCCAACUGAUGUCCUCUCCCUCCUCCUCUUCCUCCUCCUUCUCCUCCUUCACCCUCUCCUGCUGCACUAAUCCUCCCUAAGACCACUCCUCAUAAAUCCUGCUGAAGAUUAUGUCCAAGUAUGUCCAGGAUACCACUGAAGAGCUGGAGUGGAGAUCCCAGGAUGCCCAGGGCUGGGCCCUUGAGCAAAGACCUUGCU